AUGGCAGACCCAGAAACUCCACCUCAGUCCGGUGUUUGGAUUGGCGUUGACUUGGGAACAUCCAACUCGGCGUGUGCCAUUUGGGAUUCCACCCGAGGCAGUCCCAAAUGGAUUCGGUUGCCCGUGAUUGCCUUUCGUGAACAAAGCGGCAAAUUGGGACGCAUGGUGCCAUCUGUGGUGCGAGUGACGGAGCCAUCCACACCUUACUCGGUGGGAGCCAAGGCUGUUCAAGAACAUAAAGAUGCGACUGGUGAUGCCGGCAUGCUGAUUUCCAGUGUCAAGAGACUCUUUGGAAAACGGUACAGCGAUUUGGAUCCUGCCUUGUUGGAAUCACUUCCGUUUCACGUGGAAGCCGACGAAAAUGAUAAAGAAUCUUUGCAAUUGGUAAUUCCAAUUUCUGACGGAAACGACAAGGAUGAUUGUGUACUAGUAGUCAAGACUACGCCUGUGGAAAUUGCGGCAUCCAUUCUCAAGGCCAUUAAAGAAGCAGCUCAGGAAUACCUUGACAAGAAUAAAACCAAAAAGCACUUAGAUAUUCCUGGUGAGGGCCUAGUGAGAAAUGCCGUAGUGGGUGUCCCCGCCCACUUUUCCAAGCGACACACGGCUCUUGUGGAAGAAGCCUGUCGCCAGGCUGGGCUCGAUGGUCAUGUCAGCACCUGUCUCGAGUCGACUGCUGCCGCCAUGGCCUAUGGUUUAGCCAUGCAAGAUUCCUCUAGCCAGGCCAACAUUAUGGUGAUUGACAUGGGAGGGGGGACGACCGAUAUCACUAUCGCUACCAAGCAAGCUUCCAGUGAUGAAACGAGCGAGAAUUAUUCUUCGUACAAGGUAUUGGUAACACAAGGCGAUGACCACUUGGGAGGAGACGAUAUCGAUCAAACCAUCUUGGACUAUUGUAUGCAAGAAGCAAACAGCUUGAAGGAUGCUGAUACGGAACCAAAGGGAUCGGACUUUUUGUUGUCGUGUCGUAAAGCUAAGGAACAACUUUGUGAUGAUUCGGAAUCCAAGGUUGCUUCUGUCGGCGUGGCAAUUGGGAACCACACCGUCACGAUAUCCCAAGAAAAGUUUCACGCACUCCUCAAAGAGUGGCUUCAAAAGGCCGAACAUUUGAUUCAACGCGCCUUGGAAGAAUUCCAAAAGAUUCCUGGGUCGGAGAGCAUUUCCGAAGUCAUUUUGGUAGGUGGCACCACCCGGACCCCUUCGAUUCGUGCCUUGAUUCAAUCCAAGUUUUCGGGUCUCGAGUUGUGCACUUCCUUGGACCCAAUGUCUAGCGUGGCCCAAGGAUUGGCCAUUCAAGCUGCCAUUCAAUCCAAGUUGAUUCCUGUGCACAAGCUCAAGUCGGCACUCAUGUUGGAUUGCCUGCCCCAUGCCAUUGGGGUCGAGUUGCCCGAUGGGUCAUUUUGUGAGGUCAUUCCUCGUAAUGCACCACUACCGGCACGAGGAUCUGCCACCUUUUCACUGGCAGACAAACAACAAAAGGGCGUUACCAUCAAGGCAGUGGAAGAAAUCAAAGUGAAUGGCACUAACGAUGCGACGAUAAAUUACGAACCAAUGGCCAGGGAACCCUUUACGUUCUUGUUGCGGCGUUUGACCAACGAAGAAAUGGCUGCCAUGGAUAGGCGAGCGAUUGAAGUGGGCAUGAAGGUGGACGCCGAGGGGCAAUUCAUGGUGAGCAUCUUUGACCAAAACGAUCCCGAACAAGUCCGCAAGAAGGAACGCUUUGAAAAUAUGAAAGACAAGGAUUCCACUGUAAAGGAAUUGAGUUACCUUGCCGACUUGGUCAUCUCAGAAUCUGGGACCUCUACGGAGCAGUUUAUGUUAAUGGGUACCUUGGUGGCUGUGUUCAUUUUGUACAUUGCAGUGAGAAUGGCUUUUAACGAUCCCCUGAUUCUGGACGGAGGAGAAAUAUAA